GUCGGCGGCUGGAGCGUCUGUCCCAGCGCCUGGGCAGAUCCGCUUGGGUUCACUCCGGGAGCUGAGUGGCCGGCAUGGGUUGGUCUCAAGGCUUGUUUCGCGCCUUGUGGAGAGCGUUGUCAAAGGAGGCGAAGGAGCAUGUGGGCACCGACCCGUUCGGAAACAAGUACUACUAUAUCCCGGAGUACAAGAACUGGAGAGGACAAACUAUUCGAGAGAAAAGAAUCGUAGAAGCAGCAAAUAAAAACGCAACAGACUAUGAAGUGGGGGAUAUCCCAACAGAAUGGGAAGCUUGGAUUAGAAGAACAAGAAAGACUCCACCUACUAUGGAGGAAAUACUAAAGAAUGAAAAAUAUAGAGAAGAAAUAAAAAUAAAAAGUCAAGAUUUUUAUGAAAAAGAAAAACUCCUUAGUAAAGAGACCAUCAAAGAACACUUGCCUCCACCUGUUCAAACUCAAAUUAAAGGGCAUGCCUCUGCUCCAUACUUCGGAAAGGAAGAACCCUCAGUGGCUCCCACCAGCACUGGUAAAACCUUUCAGCCAGGAUCUUGGAUACCACAAGAUGACAAGAGCCAAAAUCAAUGAAUUGCACUCUGGUGAAAUCACUUAAUUUACACAGACAUGACUAUUUAAACAAAUAAAAAGUUGGUUACUUUCUAUUUUCUGAGUAUACAAUAGCUCUGUAUUCUAUUCAGCUUAAGAAUUCCUUUUUAGUACCCAUAAGAAACAUGGGAUUAUGAAGAUCGAAGCCUAAAUUCUUCAGUCUUGAAUCUGACACUUGAUUUAGUCCUCAUCUUGUUUAUGAAUUUGCUUAGAAUUGCCUUUCCCUUCUUAGAUUACUACUUUGAGGAGUGUCAGGUAGUUGUGAAUGCUCAGUGCAUAUAGGAUCCUUAGGUAGGAACCCCCACAGAUACAUCUUGGUACAAUAAGGGUAGUGAGCUCUCCCAAAUGAUAAAAUAUAAAAGGAAAAAAAUGAUAUUUUUAUUUUUGGAGAUGUACCCUAAAGAUUUCAAAGGACUAAUCAAAAAUAUGAACUUGGAUAAAAUGUGUAAAUGCAAAGAAAUUUAGCUAAAAAACAACAACAACAAAAAAAAAACCACACACUUUGAUGAGAAGAUGGGACCAAAACUAGCCUAUGGUUAAACUGUGGCUAACUGUGUCUGGAGUCUGAAGAGAGGAAUUAGGACCAAGGGGAGAUAAUCCAUCAUGAAAGUCUUAAAGAACAACAAAGAGAGAAAUGGGAUAAGUUCCAUGAGAGUGAAAAUUAUUUUGAAAAAUAAAACAGGAAUGAGUUCUCAAACAGAAUGCAUUUCUACUGAUAGCUGGGAAUCAGUGGUUUGUAUAUUGAAAAAUGUAGACAGAUGACACUGAUAACAAAAGUACUCUCAAAGGAUCAUUUUCUAGAAUGCACAACAAAGUUUUUGUUGUUAUUUUAACGUAGAGUUUAUCUCACAGUGUUUGGCAUAGAACAGGUAUUUAAUAAAUACUCAGGAAAUGAAGACCCAAACUUUUAAGCUCUGAAUAAUUCAAGGAAAUCCUUGGUUUAAAUGUUAAUAAUGUACUCCUAAAAAUAUACACAUGAAAAUUCUAACUAAGAAAUAGCUACAUAAAAAUACAACUAUUUUAUAAAGUAUUUACACUAAAAAAAAGUAACCGAAUGACAAAAUCACUAUAACAUACUUACUGAAUGACAAAAAAGCCCUAGAUGUUAAUUCGAGUGUUCAACAGCGCUGUUAAUAUCAGAUUAAACAUUAUGUCUUGUCAGAUCACUACCAAGUGAUAUUAUAUUUUACCACAGAGGCAAAAAAAGGAACUAGCCAUUAGGUAAUAUAAAAGAAGUUAUAAUUUGUAGUAACAAUUGGAUUGUGACUUCAGAUUAACAUGUUCUUAAAUUCUGGAAAGGAAAAUUGUAAAUACUUUUAGCAUGCUAGAAUGUCUUUACUGCCAAAUUCCUAUUAUUAAUUGCAUCCCAUAUACACCUUUUGCAAAUGUUUUCCAUGUAGUGUUUUAAAAUAUUAGCAUACAGUAUAAUUUACAUGAAUUUUAAUUUUUAGUUUUCAUUUUAAAAGACCUGUUUGACAUAAGCAACAUAAGAAAAUCAUAGCCAAGAAUCUUUGUGGGAAAAUAUGUUAUGUUCAAGUAAAAUGAUGACACUGGCCCAUCACUGCCAGUAGAGCAUGCAGUGUCAAGGCAAUUUUAAUAGGUGGGAAUGAAGGUCAUAAUAACCCACCCAUACUCCUUUCCUCCAAAGUGUGUAGACAGAUUGCAUCGUUAGAGGAUGUUGUUAGGGGAUAUCUUAACUAUAAUCUUGUCCUGAUUAGGAUUUGCCUUUCUAAACAACUUUUAAAAAAUACCUAGCUUUAAGACCAGACACUCGCAAAACAAAAUUGAAAUAUUAAAUAUUAGCUUGUCCACCGUAUUUCAUUUUUAAAAUAACCAUAUUUUGGUCAUUUACAAGUUUUUUAUGGUUUUUCAAAACUAUUUUAAAAACUUCAGUCUCAAGAUUAAAAAAUGUUCAUGUUAACAUAAUCAUUGUAUAUACCUUAGGUACUUUCUUAGCAAAGACAGUUAAAUCCUUCCUGGCUUUAUAUGCCUAUUAUACAUACUAUACACAUAUUUUUUAGUUUUUACAAUAAUAGGCUUAAUUAAUAUUACACAAACUUUAAAGUGCAAAAAAUAUUUUGGGGUGCUGGGGUUGUGGCUCAGUGGUUGAGCACUUGCCUGGCAUGUGUGAGGCACUGGGUUCAAUCCUCAGAACCACAUAAAAAUAAAUAAAUAAAUAAAUGUCCAUCAACAACUAAAAAAAUUUUUUUUUGUCUCUGGAGUUUAAAUCUAGCCAAUUAGCUAUGCCUUAUGUAUUUGAAGUUAAAAACCAACAAAAUGCCAGACAUGGUGGUACACACCUGUAAUACCAGCAACUUGGGAAGCUGAGAUAAGAGGACCACAAGUCUUGAGGCCAGCCUCAGCAACUUAGCAGAGGACCCGAAGCAACUUAGUGAGACCCUGUCUCAAAAUAAAAAAAUUAAAAGGGCUGGGGAUGUGGCUCAGUGGAUAAAGUACCCUGGGUUCAAUCCCUGGUACAAAAAAAUACAAAAAAUAUAAAAACAAAAAAAUGGAGUAAGUAAUUCUUCUCCAUUCUUCUAACAGAUUUCUGGCUAUCAUGCAUUUAAUUUAAUUAAUCCUGAAUCAAAACCACUACACUGGUUUUUUUAAUGCUGUCUCAUUAACACUUUAAAAAAACAUAACCUGAAUGUAUUUAGAUUAGACUUUUUCAAACUGUUAUGCUCUUUGGGGAAAAAAGAGGCAUAAAGGAGAAUCUAUGGCAGUUAUAUUAGGUUAAAAAGAUGCUAAGAAAUCAUGCAGAAACUUAUCCAGGUUUUACUUGUUUCCCAAACUUUGAGUAUCUGACCAUGCAAUUUCUUUUCCUAUGUUUAAGAAAUGCAGUUUGUCCUUAUGUAUAUUCUAGAAAUGAAGUAAAUCAGUGAUUUCCUAUAACCACAUGCAAACAUUAAAAACAAUAAUUCCUAAACAGGAUCAAAUUUCCUCUCAUUUAUAGCCAGUUAAGAUGUACAGGUCCCUUGCCACUUUAUGUGUAAUGACAAAGUGAGGCACUAUUAAUUAUUAUUUCAGUCCUGAGUUCCUGCUCACAGCUUCCUAAGCUCAUUUUCAGUUUGCCCAUUCUAAAGAAAUGUAAGUUUUAAAAAUGCACUUACACAUCUGAUAUAGCAAUAAUGGUUAUCAUGGCUCAAAUUCUGACACAAUUCUCUAUUUAUAUAUUUCUGGUAAAAUAUUAUAGGCAAUCUGGGGAUAGUUUCACUUUCCCCAAAAACACCCUUUAAAAAGUUAACUAUCUAGUUCUCAGAACUUCAAAAACAACAUAAUUAAAUAAGUAGGCUUUUUUUUUUUAAAUUGUAUUCUAGAUAAAUGGGAUUUUUAAAAAAUAAUACUGUUUACUAAGGUGAGAGAAGAUGGAAUUUUCUUUAAAAUCCCAAACCUCACAAUAGUCUCUGCUUUAUGCCUCCUACCCCCAGACAUAAAUAUUAUAAGACCUUAUUGAACUCACCAUAAAAAGCUCUAUAAAUGUUGAAAAAAGCUGAAUAAAACUUUGUCAAAAAAUUAUAAAAUUAAUGUUAAGACUUUAAUAAAUCAUAGAAAAAUACUUUUAAAUUGUUACAACAGAACCAAUGAAACCACAGCUUUACUAAGAGAACUGAGAAUUAUAAGGACUAUAUUCUUUGCUUCAAUACUUGUAUUACUCUAAAAUGUACAAACAAAACAUGUAUAUAAAUUCUUUCCAUGAACAGCCUGACUAUAGACACCCAAACAUAUUUUGGAUUUAUCUCAACCUAGUUUUUCUUAAAAUGGGCUCUGCAGACCCAUGAAGACCAGUAGUUCUGUAUAAACAGGUUUUAAUUUUAUAAUACAAAAAGCACAUCCUAGGUCACCUGAAAAACCAGCUCAUAACAAAACAUUGAAUUAUUUCAGUGCCUAGAGUUAUAAUGUGUCCAUUAUACUGGCAUCAAGUAGGUAUAGAUAACCUAAAAAUAGCAUUAAGUAUCAUUCAUACUGGUGUAUUCUCAGAAAUCUUAGGUUCUCAAAUUUGAGAAACACUGUCCUAAACUUUCACAAAUACAUUUAGCUACAGCUGAAAUUCAUAACCCUUUGAAAGUCUAACUUAUAUAUCUUAUUAUUCUCUCCCAAAAAAGACAAAAACCCAGGACCUCUUAUAAAAGUAUCAAAUUUAUUUCAGUAUCUGGUUUCAUUUUUAAAUUAGAGCUGUUGGACAAUUAUAUAACCUAAAAUUCAUUAUCAGAGGUGCAGAAACAUUAAUAAGCUAUUAAAUACAGUGAAUAAGAUUACUAGACCAUGCAUUUAGAAAAGCCAUGUUUAAAAGUCACAAGUUCCAGUUAUACUACUUAACUGAAAGAUCCUUUAACUCUGUACUUCCAACUAUACCACUCUCAUUUUGAAUGAUUUAUCCUAUUGUGCAAUUAUUAUUAUGCCCAACAAAAUCUUCCCAAAUUUUAAGCCUUUCUUUACUAUUUAAGAACUUAUGACAGCUGUUAUAAACUAACUUUGUAAAAGAAAUAUCGAAUUUUAGUUUUCACCUCAAACUUGUUGAAUCAAGAAGUACAGGACAUCACUCCCUAUGAGUUAUUGAAGAAUGGAAUAAAACCAAAAUUGCCAUCUAUAUAAUCAACAAAUUAUCUGACAAAACUUUUUAUCUACUUCAGUGUUCUAAAUUAACACAAAAAUAAACAGGUUCCAAGAUAUUACAGCAUUUGGCAUUUUUACUGCAAGCUUUAAAUCAGUGUUAUUCUUCUCAACAACUCAUCUCUUAAGAAAAUGGCAGUGUUCAUAAGUACAAAAACUGUUAAAACCAGAAGGUAGUAUUCACAAGAGAAUUCUUUAUAAAAUUAGGUUUUAAAAAUGAGAAUGUCUUGAUAAUUGCCAGUUGUCUCAAAGGCUAAAAUCAGAAAAAAAUGAAGAAAAUAGACCUGUGUACUCACUGAUUAAUACUACUUUACUUUGAGAAAUCCAAAAACGAUUACAUUCCAAGGAAUAAGCAAUAAUGAUAAAAGAUGUGAUUAAUAUACUGUAUCUCCUUUAAGCCAAAGCAAACUUUUCACCUAGAGAGGAUAAUUCUUUUAUAUUCUUAACAUUCUUUGUCCAGAACAGGAUCCCAUUUUAAGCCACUAUUUGAAUAAAGUUCAUAAUCUAAACUCAUUUUUCUCCAUAGGAUGUUUUCAUUUCAGUACAAAAGCUACAAUGGCAAAUAACUUAAGUCACUUAUGUUUUUAAGAAUUUGCAGGUUGGGUAUCCCGUAUCUGAAAUGCUUAGGACUAGAAGUGUUUGUUUUUUUCAGAUUUUGGAAUAUUUGCAUAUACAUGAGAUAUCUUGAGGAUAGACCCUAAGUCUAAACACAAAAAUUCAUCUGUUUUGUAUAGCUUGAAGGUAAUUUUAUAUGAUAUUUUUAUAUGGUAUUUUUAGUGUACUUGUGUUUUGACUGAAACCCUUCAAGAAGUCAGGUAUGGAAUUUUCCACUUGUGGAUCAUGUUUGUGAACAAAACGUUUUGGACUUUGGAGCAUCUGGGGUUUGGGAUUUUCUGAUUAGGGAUACUCAACCUGUGUAAUAAAUGCUUAUUUAUAAUAAUUGCCAGUAAAUACCAACAAACUUCUAUACCCAAGCCUAAACUACAGUACUGAGGUCAAAACUAACAUGAUUCUUCUACAUGGUCAGAUUUCAUUUACUAAAUAAUACUAUCAUGAAAUUCAAAGAAACCUUAGUGAGUCCUUCCAAAGCUGAAUAAUUUCCAAAUGAUUUUUCUCUGGUUGCAGAGCCUAUUCAUUCCUUCAGUCCUUUUUCAGUCGUUUAGCUUUUGCAAUAUUUUCUUGACGUUUUUGUUUCUUCUUUUGCUCCUUCUCCCUGGCUUCAAUCAUCUUGGCCAAUUUCCAGGACAGUACAGCACUUGCUAGGAACAGUGGAGUAAGGGCCAAAAUAACUGUUGUAAGGAAGCCAUAUGGGUCUUUUGCAGCCCAUUCCACAAUAUACUCAGCCCAAGCCUUUAUGUCAAACAUCUUUGUAGCAGUCUUAGGAAAACUGGGGGUGUAGGCUGGGGGUGGACAACAGGAGAAAGACUAUAUGGUUAAUCAACUUCUGAAAAAAGUUAUAGUUAACUCACAGUUCCAUUAUCAAUUUUUCAAAGUACAAAUUAGCACUAUUUUUAGUAAGGACUAAUAUCUCCAGUUAGGAAAAAAAAAAUUCAAAUAGACCAACCAGAACAGCAACUUUUUGGGGGGAAGGGGAGACUAGGGAUUGAACCCAGGGGUGUUUUACCACUUAGCUACAUCCCAGACGGUUUUAUCUGUGAUCCUCCUGCCCCAGCCUCCCAAGUUGCUAUUAUUAUAGGCGUGCACCACUUCAUGCAGCCAGAACAGUAAUAAUUAAAAGAUGUAAAUUUAUAGGAGACAAAAGUACAAACUAUUUGAACUCAGUCAUAAGGACUUUUGAGUUUUCACAUGCUUCCUAAAUUCAAGACAAACUUUAACAGCACACUUUUACAAGAAUCUUGAGUUUCACACGCUCAUUUCAGGAAACAGUUGAAUCCUGUUUGUCAUUUAGAAUCCUCAGUACUACCAGGUAAUUAACAAAAGUACAAAUCAAAUUUUCAUGUUUAAAAAGAACAAGAUUCAGAGCAUGAAAGAACACUCCCAGAGAAAGGAAAGUGAUAGAUAGCUAUUUCCUGAAAUGGAAAAGUGAAGGGUAAGGGAGCCAGGAUGAUACCCACAUUCAUAUGCCAAAAGGUAUAAGCUAAAAACUGUGUGCUAUUUUAUGCCUUUCAGCUUGCAGAUCCCUACUUUAAAAUAAACAAUUUAAUAAAUGAGAAAAAUAGUCAUAAAAAGUGCCAUCCAUUUUGUUCCUUUUCGGGUUGAUAAGGGAAAGCCAUCUGGCAAACAAUAGUGUGAGCUUGAAUGACAUAUUCUAUUUUACCC